AUCCAAACAAAAGAAACCACCUUUAUAUCACGACGAGUGUCACGCCAAAGGGACACUUGUCCAUCUCUCUCUCUCUGACCCCUUUCAGGUAAAUAAAUCCAGAAGCUUUGAUUGUACGGAAGCUUGAUUUGAGAAGAGAGUAGUAAUGGGGUCUCGAUUAAACUUCAAGAGCUUUGUUGAUGGUGUGAGUGAGCAGCCAACGGUGGGGACUAGUCUUCCAUUGACGAGACAGAACUCCGUGUUUUCGUUAACCUUUGAUGAGUUUCAGAACUCAUGGGGUGGUGGGAUUGGGAAGGAUUUUGGGUCCAUGAACAUGGAUGAGCUCUUGAAGAACAUUUGGACUGCUGAGGAAAGCCACUCAAUCAUGGGAAACAACACUAGUUUCAACAACAUCAACAAUUCUAAUAGCGGAAACACUGUUAUUAACGGCGGUGGUAACAACAAUGGUGGGUUGUCUGGUGGAGUGGGAGGAGAAAGUGGUGGUUUUUUCACUGGUGGGAGUUUGCAGAGACAAGGGUCACUUACCUUGCCUCGUACGAUCAGUCAGAAAAGGGUUGAUGAUGUCUGGAAGGAGCUGAUGAAGGAGGAUGACAUUGGAAACGGUGUUGGUAAUGGUGGGACAAGCGGGAUUCCGCAGAGGCAACAAACGUUGGGAGAGAUGACUUUGGAGGAGUUUUUGGUCAGGGCUGGUGUGGUUAGGGAAGAACCUCAACCGGUGGAGAGUGUAACUAACUUCAAUGGCGGAUUCUAUGGAUUUGGCAGUAAUGGAGGUCUUGGGACAGCUAGUAAUGGGUUUGUUGCUAACCAGCCUCAUGAUUUGUCUGGAAAUGGAGUAGCGGUGAGACCGGAUCUGCUGACAGCUCAAACUCAGCCACUACAGAUGCAGCAGCCACAGCAGGUGCAGCAGCCGCAACAGCUGAUACAGAAGCAGGAGAGGCCUUUUCCCAAACAGACCACUAUCGCGUUUUCCAAUACUGUCGAUGUGGUUAACCGUUCUCAACCUGCAACACAGUGCCAGGAAGUGAAGCCUUCAAUACUCGGAAUUCAUAACCAUCCUAUGAACAACAAUCUACUGCAAGCUGUCGAUUUUAAAACAGGGGUAACGGUUGCAGCAGUAUCUCCUGGAAGCCAGAUGUCACCUGAUCUGACUCCAAAGAGCGCCCUGGAUGCAUCUUUGUCGCCUGUUCCUUACAUGUUUGGGCGAGUGAGAAAAACAGGUGCAGUUCUGGAGAAAGUGAUUGAGAGAAGGCAAAAAAGGAUGAUAAAGAAUAGGGAAUCAGCUGCAAGAUCCCGAGCUCGCAAGCAAGCUUAUACGAUGGAACUGGAAGCAGAAAUUGCGCAACUCAAAGAGUUAAAUGAAGAAUUGCAGAGGAAACAAGUUGAAAUCAUGGAAAAGCAGAAAAACCAGCUUCUGGAGCCACUGCGCCAGCCAUGGGGAAUGGGAUGCAAAAGGCAAUGCUUGCGAAGGACAUUGACGGGUCCCUGGUAGAGCUUAUAAUGGCGUCCAAGGAACUCAACAAAGAGCCGAAGUUAUAGAACAACUCAGAAAAUAGAAAGCUAGCUUUGUAUGUAGUUUAGGCAGGUGUUUCUGUGGGUGAUUGUAAAUCGUGAAGUGUGGCGGAUUUGACAGAGAUAGAUAAACACUCAUCUGUUCU